AUGAGCGACGAGAAAGCUUCCACUCCAUUAGUGACAGAUGAGCCUGGUAGAGAUGAAACGAAACCAGCUCAACCGUCAGAAGACAAGGAGGAAGAGCUGCCCAGCCUUAAUCCGAUUCCAUCUGCGUGGAUUUCUGCCGGUGCUUCCUGGUUCAGUAGUGCUAAAGAAAAGACGAAGAACACUUUUGAUCUUAUGAAGAAGGAUUUGGCCGAGUUUGGUGAUGCCAUGACCCAGGAAGUUGCCGACCUCACCUCUGCGGCGAAAGGAGGUCUUGACACGGCUACGACCGUCAUUAAAGAGCAGGCACAAUAUCUGGAGAAGUUAGUAACGCCUGACGAAGAGGAGAAGCCUGUUGUUGUCGAAGAAGAAAAGAUGGCUGAACCUGAGACAGAAAAGUCGACCGAUUCUGUUCCGAAAUCGCAAUCGUUGAAGAAAGGCGCGGCUGUGGGCUUAGGAUGGGUAAAAUCCGUUGUGGACACCGUCACCGAUACUGUUAAAAGCUUGGCCGUAGAAGAAACUACAGGUGGAGAAGAAGAGAUAACUGAAGUCAUUCGACCGAGGAUCUACCGCAAAACUAUUUUGCCACCAGAAAAAUUAUUGGAAUUGCAAUCAAAUGAAGACACUUUCUGUAAAGAACCGGAGAAUUCUGAGGGAUAUUCGAAAUGGGUAGCUCGAUUCAAUAUUGAAGAAUAUGAUGCCGAAAUCAAUGUGCUUCUUGCAAAUAAUCCAACGUUAAGGGAAAUAUACUCUAAGCUGGUUCCUUCGGAAAUAGACAGCAAAGUUUUCUGGUCACGAUACUUCUUCGCUGUAGAGAUCGCUGAAAUGGACGAGGAGCUGCGUCAUUCAUUCUCAUUGAAAGAACUAACGAUCAAGACUGGUGCUGAUGGAAAGAAGCAGAAGAAAGGUUCAGGAAAAGAAGGAGGAGAUUCGCCAGGAUCGGAUGGAUCAAUUGCUGUCGUUGACCAACAACCCACAAGCCCUGCUGCUUCCGCGGAUGACUGGAGUGUGUGCAGCGAGAAGAAUUACGUCGAGGAGAUAAGCUCGACAAAUGGCGAGGACGAACAAUCAGGACCCCUCACCCCUCGUGCAACGGACGACGAAGGAACGAAAGGGUCGAAGAAGAAGGAGGAUAACUGGGUGGAUUGGGAGGAGUGA